AUGUCAAUCGCUGCCCCCUUUGUGAAGGAUUUUAAAGAAUAUGGUGUGAAUAAUAUUCGAGUCAUGGCGGCUAAUGAAGAUCCAUCUGGUGAGCCGUAUCCAAUGUAUUCGGCGUUAAUGAAUUCCCCGGAAGAAUAUGAUGAAAAUGUUUUUGAAGGUCUGGAUUUCGUUGAACCCAGAUGUCAGAAAAUACAUGUAUAUCAAAAUCUCGUACACGCUCGUCGUAGCACAGUUAAUGGAAAACUUUAUCUAGAUGACCCGGUGAUUUUCGCUUGGGAAUUGGCUAACGAACCCCAAGUAAUAGAAGAUUCAAGUGCUCAUUCUAUUAUUUAUGAAUGGAUUGAUUCCGCUGCGAAAUUUAUUAAAUCGUUGAAUCCGAAUCAUUUGGUUAGUACCGGUACGGAAGGAAAAACGGGAAAGAAUGGUUUUGAUACAUACAAAUGA